CUUUCUCUUAACUUUCCCUCUCCCGCUCUCUCUCCUCACAUCUGGAGGGUAUCUGCCGUGGCUGUGUGACUCCUCGCCUGCUAUGGGACAGCUUGUUUUUGGACUGGACGUCAGACUUCAGUGCGCUUCAGCAAACCUUGGUCGGACGGGGUAAAGUAGCAGACCAGCAGAACAUUGCUUUGGCAGACUUCUUCGCUGCAUGUUUUAUGGAUGGCUGCUGCCCUUCAAGUUGUUGAGGCUCGAAGCUUCAGACACGCAGAGGGCAGAGAACCGGACGUCUUUUGUUGCUAGCCUGGAAAGCUCGGCAUGGCCUUUCCCAAGCAUUCCAUCCUGCAGGCCCUGAGUGUGCUGCUCUUGGCCUUGGUGUUGGUGCAUUGCCAGGCCCCUCUUGAGCCAGAGGAAGAGGAGGAGGAAGAGCCAAUAAAAGAGAACAACAUCUCAACAAUGGUGACGAAAUCUGAGCUGCUUGAAUGUCCGCUGGAGUGCAGCUGUACGGCAGAAGGCUCGGUGGACUGCGCUGGAGUCGAUCUCACGGAGUUUCCCGCCGAGCUGUCGGACCAAACUCGCCAGCUCUCUCUACAGAACAACAGAAUCAAGGAGAUAACAGUGGAGCACAUCUCCCAUCUGCAUCAGCUCGAGACCCUCAACCUUCAGAACAACUGGCUUACAUCAGCUGGCCUUGAAGAUGAAGGUUUUGAGAUGCUUGAAGAGCUGGCUUAUUUAUACCUGGCAAAUAACAAGCUCACCUCAGCACCAAUAGUCCUACCACCCUCUUUGGUUAGUGCUGAUUUUGCUGCUAAUCAGCUUACAAAGAUCUACCCGUAUACAUUUGGCCAAAAACCCAAACUGAGGUCUGUGUAUCUCCAUAACAACAAGCUGACAGACGCAGGGUUUCCUGAACAUGCGUUCAAUGGUUCUGACAACCUGGAGAUCCUCAUCAUGUCCAGCAACCUCCUGCGGGUCGUCCCGAGGAACCUGCCCUCCAGCCUCUUCCGUCUUCAUCUGAAGAGUAAUAAGUUGGAGGAAAUUCCUGCAGGGGCCUUUGACACCUUGUCAAACCUCAGAGAGCUGUAUCUCCAGAGCAACCUCCUCAACAAUGAGGGCAUGGACAACAAGACUUUCAGCGAAUUGAGCAGCUUGGAGUUUUUGGACUUGUCAAAUAACAACUUAAGUGUGGUCCCCACGGGGCUGCCGCGCAAUCUAGUACUGCUUCAUCUAGAGAAGAACUCCAUUCGUAGCAUCCCUGGAGACGCUCUUACUUCUGUCCGAAACCUCGAGUACCUGCUCCUUCACAAUAACAAGCUGCGCUCACGUUCCAUCCACCCGUCUGCCUUCCGGGGUUUGAAGAAGCUACACACUCUUCACUUGUACAACAACUUGCUGGAGAGGGUUCCCAGGGGCUUGCCUAAGAGGGCCAAGACCCUCAUGCUGCUUCACAACCUCAUUACUGACAUUAGCCGUAACGACCUGGCCAUGCUGUACACCCUGACAGAACUCAACCUCAGCUACAACAAGCUGACGAGUCCCAAGCUUCACCGCGAGGCCUUCCGGAAGCUGCGUGUUCUGGAAACCCUGGAUCUGUCGGGAAACAGCCUGUCCUCGUUCCCCCUGGGUCUUCCUCGCAGCCUGCAGGUGCUCGAAAUCAAGAACAACCAGCUUAACUCCAUACCAGAUGGUACACUGACGGGCAUGGAGAAGCUACGGAAGCUCAUCCUGAGUGACAACCAGCUGAAACUGAAUUCAGCCUACCAGGGAGCCUGGAUGGAGCUGACUGCGCUCACGACACUAGACCUGUCUGGCAACCAGCUGUCACACAUCCCGUCCGACCUGCCCGAGUCCCUGGAGUACCUUUACCUGCAGAGUAACCGUAUCUCAAGUGUUCCUGCUUCAGCAUUUGAAGGCACUCCAAACAUCAAAGGCAUCUUUCUCCGGUUUAACCGCCUGGCUGUGGAUUCUGUGGACGAAAGCUGUUUCGCACACCUGUCCAACUUGCAAGUACUGGACAUUGGCACAGGAAACACCGACCUCCCCUUUAAAAGAGAGGAGAUAGAGGAGGAACUGGAAGCAUAAGACACGGUUAGCUGACAUUGGACCGCUUAGUGUCAAGGACAGAAACUGAUUAUAAAUAGGAAUUAACCCUUGAAUGUAAUUCCAGUGCUAUUAUUGUUUGGAAGUUACAUAUCUCUGGUGCAGGAUACCGGAUAAAGUUAUUUUAGUUUCCUUUUUUUAGGCUGGUUAUUAUAGCAUAUCUUUAUAUCUGAACUUUAAAUAUUUGUUUUGGACUGUUGACACGCAACAUAUAUUGUCUGAUUGUGUUUUUGUGCAUUAAAAACAAAUACAUUACAUACAGUAGGUAAAUGUCAAUUUUCCCAUGUGAAUGUUUCAGAAUCAAUACCACAAUAAAGUAGUAAUUAGUGUUUUUACACCAAGGGUAAAAGAUUAGCAGUUUCAUUUUAAAACCAAGAAAGCCCUUAGUAAUCAAAAAUCAUUUGACACUCAGUACAAAUGAUAUUGCUGCAAUUCAAUUUCAUUAUGAUUGAAGCAAGUUUCACUGCUUUACCAGGCCAUCAGAAAUCUCUUUCUGAUGGGGAAAUGCCACCGUGAUCUCAGCUCUCUCCAAAGCCACCAGACUCCAUUCAAAAGACACUAAUUUUACCUUGCAGAGCACGGGAAUUGCUGGCUUGCUACUUGUCAAUGAGAAACAACACCCAAGGGAUUCAUGAGACACAAUGCAUAAGGUCAUGAACUGUAUAGGUAAAUGUACAGGACAUGAUGCACAUAUUGCUUAAUGAGUUCAGUAUUUCUUUGUUGGAUGACAUUGUCUUUUUUAUUAAAAUAAUGUAACGUGUUGAUUUCCAUUGGACCACAAUUUGGUGGGACGCUCUCCAAAGACAGACCGAGUAGCCACCCAGAGCAUGUUAGCUAGCGCCAGUGGACAAUAAGUGUGACAUUUCGAACAGAACCCUUGGACUUGUGUUGUUAAAUUGCACUUGAUGUUACCACCAGUUAACACAGCUGCUGUCAAACCAACCAGGAAUUAAUUCUCAAGGACUGUUAAUUCAGAGACUAAAGCUUAGCUGGGUGUUCUCACUCCCAACUCGUCAAAUACGGCAGGUGGUCAGCAGUGGUGGAAGAAGAAGAGUAUGUUUUUACCUUAUGUAAAAUAAGCAAUACUACAUUUUAAAGGUAUUUUGUUACGAAUAAAAGUACUGCAUUUCACUUCAGUAAAAGUAGAAAAGUACUCAUCAUGCGUAAUAGCCUAUUUCACAAUCUUAUUUAUAUUGAGUUACUAUUAAGAUUAUAUAUAAUAAUAAUCUAAACCUAAAAAGUAUCAAGUAAUAAAAAGCUGUCAAAUAAAUGUAGUGGAGUAAAAAGUGCAGUGGCUUCUAAAAAGUAUUGUCAGUAGUACAAAGUAGCAUAGACUGAAAAUACUCAGGUAAACUACAAAUAACUCAAAAUUGUAUUUUAGUACAGUACUUGUACAUGUAAAAGUACAUUGUUACUAUCCACCACUGGUGGUCAUUGGCCUAGGCAUCAAACUAUGAUGCUCCAUUCACCUCUUGAACCACAGUUUUGCAUGUCAGCUCUCAUCUAGUGGUCGCAAUUAUUCUGACGAGAGUUAAGUGUGGCGUAAUAAGAACGUUAGUUGUGCAGUUAGUUGGAUGGUCUUUUACCCAGGAGACCACUUUGUGUUACGUGUAAAGCCAAAAGUCAAUGUUGACUUAUUUUUACUUACUGAAUCCAACCAAAUAGUUUCAUUCUCUAAACCUAACCAAGUACUAAUGUUAACUUACGGUACAGAUGCAAUGUACUUAACCUAAUCAUAUGUUGUAGAUAAAUCGAUACCGAUAAAGGAGAGCAUUACAAAAUUACACCAUUGGGUCUUGAACAAGGUUGACGAGUUGGAAAUGAGAACAUGUUGGCUUAGCAGGUUUCCAUGAUAAAUUAAUCAAAUUAUUUAUAUUUUCAAAGCUAUCUUAUGUUAUUUGUUUUUCUUAUCACUAAAUAAUUGAGUUGAGAGUACUGUUUCAGCAUGUUGGGGAAAAGGGACGGAUGAAGAGCCAGUGAGGUAUCAGAAUGACAGCCUUGAAUCUUAAAUACCAGUAAUUUACCUAUAAUGAAGACAAUUAUGGAUAUAAUCAUGAUUUGAAAUUGUUCUUUUACCAUGUGCUUGUGAAUGAAAUAUUCAAAACACAUCUAAAGCUUCAACCCAUUCCGCUGUUACUUAAGUUCAUUUCUAUUUCUUGCUUUUUUAAAUGAUAGUAAAUAUUUUUAUAUGACAUUGAAAAUACUCAUUCUAUUACACUCACUAUAUUACUAUGAAUACAGUGUCACUUUCACAAACAGCAGUAUAGUAUUUCCACAAAUACAGUAAUUGAACACAGCAAUAAAUGAUUUUAAAAA